UCACCUGCCCCUGGGCCAUGCAUCAGCAUCACCAUCACUUAACUGCCCUCCCCACAUCCGAGCCAACGGGCCUGGAGUGGCAUCCUCGCCGGCAGCGAGCAGCCGGCCGCACGGACGACUCCGCGUGCUGCACUGCCGACGCUGGUCGCGUUCGCUCGUGGACACUUUCGGGCCGGUGCUCGGCCGGGAGGAAUGUCUGUCUUCGGCAGUCGUCGUCGAGCGCAUGGUGCGAGCUCCCCUCCGUGGCGUUUUCUUUUUUCUUAGAUGUUUCCCGCGCUCACGACGCUCGGCCACGCGAGUCUAGUCGGGCCCAUCCGUCUCACUGUCUUCGAGCGGAGCACGUGUACUCACCCCGUUCGGCACCCCGACACAUCCCGCGCCGGGACCGGAAUUCACGUUCGCGUGCCCGCACGUUCAAACUCUAAACUGGAACGUCGGCCGUUUCCCCCUUUUUUUUUUUUUUUUACCUCUGCUAGUGCUUUCGUAGAAGCUGUGAUGUCACAACCGUGUUCGGCCGUGUUAAUCCCAAAGUGACGAAGAAGCCAGAAGUAUCCUCCGGGCUUUUGUGAACCGCGGACUCGACUCGUUCUUCGCGUUCUCCCUUGGGGUGCGACUGUCGCAGUGUCGAAAAAUAUACGUACCCCCGUCUUGUGCGUCCACUCGACUCGCACUUCGCAGCUCCACCGGCAAGACACGUUUGUUCCGUUUUGUUCGGAAAUCGACGGCAGCACUCGAGGAACACGCGCUUCGCCGGUCGCCCACAGAGCGAACGAUUCCUCGACGGACGGCAAUGACGCACAAAAAGAUGACGGGAUCCUUCUGCGUCGAGUCAUGAGACAUGGAAGACGUCCUUCGAGUUUCGUGCCGCGGAUGUUUGCGCUGCCGUAGAGGACUCCGUCGCCAUGGAAACGUGCGUGCUCAUACCGCCGGAGUUCAGCCUGGUGCUGAGCACCGCGGAGGACUCUUCGAAGCGCGACAGCGACUUGGACGAGGACGACGCCGCGUCCAAGACCCAUCCGUACGACAUGAAAGUGCGACUGUGGGCCAACCAGGCCAUUCCCGCCGGCAAGGUCUUCUCUCCUGCCGAGGGCUCGGUUCGGCUCGAUCGACUGGAAGUGUACGGUUUUCUGGAUGACAAUGACGUACGUGAGCGCAGCUCCAUUUCUUUUGGCAUAUGCACAGUCGAGCGCAAAAGUUUAAGGACAAGAGUUGCCGCUAAAUUUCUUUUUCUUUUUGUCUUCUCAGUUCGCCACUCGCUGGGCUGCUACGACGAGAUCCGCGAGGUGGAGGACCGCCAGGUGCGCCACUGCAACUGGGUGCGCUUCGUGCGGCUCGCCAAGCGGCUGUCGGCGCGCGUCAACCUGGUGGCCAGACGGGCGUCGCCGCAGCUGAGGCAGGCGCCCGUGCUCUACCGCGUGCUGAGGCCCGUGCGGCCGAACACCGAGCUGGUGGCCUUCUUCGACGACGGCGCCCAAGAAGAGGCGCUCGGCAUCGCCGCCACCUCGACGCCCAAGGCGGCCGUCGCACUGGAACGCCGCCUCUUUCAGAGGACUCUGCAAGACUUCCCGCUGGACCUGUCCCAGAACCUGCUGUCGCCGUCAACGUCGACUUCGGCGUCAUCAGCGUCCCCCAGUUCGUGUCGCGCGUCGUCGUCGACGUCGUCGUCGUCUUCAGGACUUCUCCGGACGCCUGCCUCCAUCAUCUCGACGUCGACUUGCUCCUCUUCUUCGUCGCCGUCCACCUCGGAGGCCAACAACGAGAACAUUCAGCCGAACCAGGCGAGGAAAAGCAAGGAGAAGAAGCGGCGGCAGAAGUGCAUGCUCAGCUGCGAGUUCUGCACCAAGACCUUCGACCGGCCUUCCCUGCUCAGGCGACACAUGCGCACACACACGGGCGAGAAGCCCCACGCGUGCGACGUGUGUGGCAAGGCGUUCAGCACGUCCAGCUCCCUCAACACGCACCGCCGCAUCCACUCGGGCGAGAAGCCCCACCAGUGCCCCGUGUGCGGCAAGCGGUUCACGGCCUCCUCGAACCUCUACUACCACCGCAUGACGCACUCCAAGUUAAUCUGCUACUACCGGUUACCAGCAAACUAUCCCGACAACCGACAACUUGGGUCGGGAAGAAGAGUCCCGAUUAACAGUGCGUCGUGUUUUUUCUCUUCGUCCGUGCAGGAGAAGCCGCACAAGUGCCCCGUGUGCUCCAAGUCGUUCCCGACCCCGGGCGACCUGAAGACGCACGCGUACGUGCACAGCGGGUCGUGGCCCUUCCGCUGCCACCUCUGCGACCGCGGGUUCAGCAAGCACACGAACCUCAGGAACCACUUGUUCCUGCACACCGGAGAUCGGCCGCACACCUGCGACGUCUGUCACAAGACAUUUGCCCUGGCCUGCAACCUGCGGGCGCACAUGAAGACGCAUCAAGAAGGCUGUCCCCACGUCCAGUGCCAGCACUGCCGAGCCGAGUUCCCGGUGUCCAGCCGCCUGGUGGUGAACGGACAGUGCCAGCAGUGCGCGCACCAGCCCACGCUGCUGCCGCCGCCGUUGACCGUGGCGCACCAGCAGGACUUCUCGAUCCGCAGGCUCGUCAGCCCCUAGUCACCACGUGACCACGUGUUCUCCAAAUCCAGCCAUACGUGCGUGCCUCCCGCUGCAGUCUGUCCAAAAGAUGGCGCGCGGCUAACGAGCAAAGUGCUGCGCUCUAAGAGCGAGCAAGCGACCCACUCGACCCGGUUGGUUCGUUCUCUCCGCCUUCUCUACGUCAACACGUAUGCCAAGGUUCGGCAGGGAACUCUGGUCUCCGAGGAACUGUGCCGCUCGACAAUGUUCAAACGUCGGGUAUUAGCUGAAACUGUGUACAGAAAAAAAUAGGCAGUGCGUUUCUUUCUUUUUUUUUCCUACAGAGAAAGAAAAAAAGACGAGAGGGUGACGUGACGCAUUUUCACGUGCCACCCUUGUCCGUCUUGUAAAGGCCAGCGACUUCAGUGGCGAGAAGUGACCACGGUUUACACUGAACCUUCAAGGACGCGCAAGCUCGGGCUUCCCGCGCGACACGAUUGUUCCGCGCCUUGGCGGUGCCACCGGCGCUGCACAGCCGCUCACUGAGUUUUGUCAAAGCUGCCAUGUCCACUUUGUGCAAGUGGAUAUGGCAGCUUGAGUAAAGUGUGCGUCCUUUGCGUCGCCGCGCUGGGAAACGUUGUCCCUCGAAUCUCGCGUUCAUUGAGCGAAGCAAGGAUUGGACACCCUGAUCGUAAUUUGUCGUUUACUCUGAAUUUCCCGAAGUGCUUCACUGCUCCCGACAUGGUAAACGCCCGGAAUGAAAGAUUCUGCAACUGCCAUAAGUAAAAAAAAAAAAAAGAAGAGAAUAAUAUCCUUUGAUGCACUGCCUCUUCAAGUGUCGUCAGAAAAAUCUAAGCCCGAGGACAGUUCUGUCGUAACGUAACAAGACUCCAUACAACUAGCACAGCUUUGGCUAUGAAAGAGACCAAAGAACGACCGUUUUAAGUAGCUCUUUCUUUCCGGAGUUAAAUAUUGUAUAUCAAUAUACGCUCUUUAUCAUCUGAAAUCUACUUCACCCGCGUAAAUGUUGUGAGGACCACUACACUGUUGUGCGCGUGCGUAUGGUUAACAGGGUAUAUAUAAAAAAGUGUUCAUACCAUGAAUCUUUUCUCGCAUGCAUCGCAUAAAAGAAAGGAUCGCAGUACAAUGCUUGCAUAAAGGAUGCACAGUUCACCUCACGAAUGGCGGCAGGUAUUGCACGAAAAGGAAUAAACGAAGAUGACCCGUAAUGGGUAAAAAGUUUCACUGUGUAUAGCACUACGCAUACUGGACUAUUAAUUCAAGUUCUUGACCGUUCCUGCGAUGGCUAAUCUAAUACAUCGCCAUUAUAGGCACUCGUGCUUAUAGGUUUCUCGUGCCAAUUUUAUAUCCGAUAAAUUGACCACCUGCUACUACUGCGCCCGCCGUCACGCACGUAAAGGACGGGUGAAGGACACGUGAAGAGCAGCACCCCUCUUGACGAGCGUAGCUGAGGCACGGCGAAAACUUUGCGGGUAAAAAAGUCUAGUGGACGUCACGAAUUCUCGCCGAUGGCGUUCAUCGCACGCCUUCGGAAAUGCUUGUCUCCAAGACGGGUGUCGUUACGUUUGUGCAUAAGAUGUUUAUUGCACGCCUUUCUCUUACCGAACGUUCACAUGUUUUAUAUAUAUAUAGUGUAAAGCUCCAAACGUAUCCGUUCAUUUGCACAGCUGCGCCGUUUUGCACCAUGCGUUGCACGUGGCAUAAUUUUUUUUUUGUUGUUGUUGACGCACACCAUUACCCGACGUGGUAGCUGAAUGGCUAUCGCUGCGCCGCCGAGCACAAGGUCGCGGGUUCGACAUCCGGCCAAGGCGGCCGCAUUUCGAUGGAGUCGGGAUGCGAAAGACGCUUGUGUGCCGUGCAUUGGGCGCACGUUAAAGAACCCCACGAGGGGUCAAAAUUAAUCCCGAGUCAAAUAUUCAAAUCGUAAAACCCAAGCAUUUCAAUUUUUGAACCAUUACGUAUGGCAUUAUGUACGUGCAAGAUCUUCUCAAUUUUUUUUCAACGUGACACCACAUGCAGCUCUCCUAAUCUCCGAUCAUCACCAAAUUACGAUAUGUCCGCAGCGCCGUUUUUCAAGAAAGAUAAAAGAUCGCAGUUACGACGAGUGACUUUCGUCGCUAUAUAUACUCUUCAACGUGUAAGAAUGGCGCGAACUAUUUAAAACGCAUCCGCAGCACGUUAAAGGGGCACUAAAGAGAAAACAUUACGUUAGGAUGUAUUAGUAACUUACUCUUCUGCGAUAUCAAAGUGUCCAAUCGUACAUUGGUUUGGUGCAGCGCCAGAAAAGAGGCGAAACACGGGCGGCGACUUAAUUUCCUGCGUCAACUUACCGUGACGUCACAGAUCUUGGAAGCGUCUCCCCCGGUCCAGCGAAUUGUUUACCGAUAAAGAAGAGCUAUACAUUGAAUUCGAAAGAAGCCAAACACUAGACCUUGCAGAUUUCGAUAACUCUUCCGGCCAUCAAAACGUGCCAUAUGCGAGACGAUACUUCCGAAAUCCGUGACGUCACAGUGACGCACCUGCACUAGCGGUUUCGCCUCGAAAUUUAUAUAGUGGAAGAUUUAUUUUCAUCUCCUUCGGUGUGGCAUUCAACCCGUUCCAGCGAAAUGAAUCAAGAAUUUAGAAAAAAAAUAUUUCACCCGUGGUCAUAAACUUAAUUUAGGGUUGCUCUUAAUGGUCCUCCAACUCGAGAAACUAGACUACUGGUAUGCGACCAUAAAUAACAAAACUGUGUGCGUAUAUAUACAUUUCCUGCCCUUUGGCGCAAUGACCAAACGCUACCCAGUAUUCCUGUCCCAGAAAGACAUGCCACCAUGUUGCAUAAAUAACUGUGCCCUUUGUAACGGUGCCCGCCCGUCCAGCAUCACGUCUGACCGCCACGCACCUGUCAAGUGAUAAAGCUUCCUGGCGAGUGGCGCCAGGAAAAAAAAAAUACCGUCACUGUAAUGUAGGCUUUUCGAGACCCAAAGGGUCGCAUGCAGCUUCCUGAACCAAAGAACCGCUUGCUUGGCAAAUUAUGAAUGCAUAUACCACCGGCGCCCAAUGUUUCGCGCUUUGGCCAAAGAAACCACCGGAGCUUAUAUAACUGAAUGUAAUUUGUAGUUUGUGUGCGUGUGUGUCUGUUAUUGUGACUGUUAUGGUUGUGAGCGUGGAAUUUGCUUUCGCUGUAGCUUAGAGAACUUUCAUAUAGCGGGAAAGCAAAUGUGUACAAAGAUUAAUAGUUAGUAGGCCUACAGCCGCACCUUCCUGGUCAUGACCCAAUGUUUGCGCCCGUGUGAUUGUCAAUAAAAGAGUACAAAAUAUUU